CAAUCGGCGGGUACGGAGGGCAGGGCGCGGGGUGUCGGGUAACAAUGGCGGCGCGGCCACGUGACCAGCUCCCCUAGCGCUCUACACUGUUUAUCUAUUGUACGGCGGGUACAAAGGAGCCAAGGUACAUUUACAUCCAGGUGAGGAGUCAGUCGUGGAUCGGUGUACAGUCGUCUCUUCUACGUACUACGAAGACGUUUUCGUACUACGAAGACGUUUCGUGGGUCAAGGCGUACGUCAAGACGUCAGGCUGGCCAAUAGCAGAGCAGUCACCCAGAGCCGGGUCGCAGACGACUUUUUCGUCAACCUUGGAAAAAACACAAUGACGUCACCUGACCCGCUGCCGUCGCCAUGGCAACAGUGACGCAGUCGCCAAACGACCCCCGGGCGGUCACCACCUGCACACAGACAGACUUCGCGUCAGAGGCCGGGGACGAUGCCGAAGACGUCGCGACGACAGCCUCCGAGGAGGAGAGGACACCUGAAGACGUCGGCCAAGAUGCUGAGGAAACUGCCCAAGACGUCGCCAAGGAGGUGAGCCAAGAGGAGGAUAAGAAGGAGGAGGAAUUCGAAGAAGAAGGAGUUGAUUUAGACGAUGAUGACGACAGUGAAGACGCGCCGACGGAAAUCAGCUUGGAGGUCCACGUGAGGAAAAUUCCAAGGAAGACAGCAGAAGACGAUGAAAGUGAAAACAAGGAAUGUCUUAAGAAUGGAGAAGACAAGGACGGAGAAAACGAGGAGAGAACUUCUCCGGACGGAGAGGAAAUGGAGAUUCAUGGGAAGGGGCUGAACGCCAAAAUGGCGGAAAAUGGAACCUUCCAGACGGAAAUUCCAAACUCCAAGGUCAACGACAAUGUCACGGAAAAAACAGCAACUAACAAAGGUGACGGGAAGGACUCGAUGGUCAAGUUUGUGGAGGGCAGGCCGCAUGCGCAGGGGCCGCUCAUGUUGCUUCCGUCCUCCAUUACGCAUGCGCAGACGCACUACGUCAGGUACGCCCGUUCCAAAACUCCCACCAAGUCCGUGGGGACCGAUCCGCUACCCGGAAGUGACGUCAGCCACGUCACGGACAGUUCCGGUCGGGCUGCGAACAACGUGGAGGACAUGUAUCGGGUUUCCCAGCCUCCGUCCAGCGGUAGAGGUCACAGGCAGGGGAAGGUUCCAUCCGUCCAGGGCACCGUGCACGUGAGGCCCCCUGGCGACUCUCCUGUGAUCAGCAGGCGGAGUCUUCGCUCUAUUCCGUCCCCAGAGCUGGAGAUCAAGUUACAUGGCGGGAACUACUCUGAAGCGCGCAGCCACGUGACCGGAAGUGACGACGGCGACAGUGACGUGGACGAAGACGAGGCUUGGCUGGACACCAGCCGGAAGUUGACCACCACUCCGGCCAGUCUGCCCUCUGACCCGGAUAUGACGUUUGAUCUACUCAGUCAAAGAUUCCGUCCGAGACAGGCGAAGAGCGUGACGUCGGGCCGGUCGCGCCACCUGGCGGCGCGGCGCAGUUACUACAGGCAGGCUCUCACCAUCAUGUCCGCCCGCUGCAACAGCGUCGCGCGCAUGCGCAUCGUGGACGGGUCUGCGCAGGCGCACGGCAUGGACCCGACGUACUACCACUACCCUGACAAGUACAUCUACCUGGAACAGGAGCCACAACAUCCGCCUAUCAAGGUAUGGCGGGGAUACGGAGGAAACCUGUACUUCGAGCCGAUGGAAUGUCACGCCAAGCCGUACGCAGACCCGGAAGAACGGCCGAGCCAUCGUGGCGAGACCGACAGCGCAAAGGGUUCCAGCAAGCCCGCCCGCCUGAGUACGGCCCUCAGCAGCCGGACCUCCAAGUCCAGCGGGAGCCACAAGUCCAGCGGGAGCCACACCACGUCCAGCUCCGAGCACAGCGCCAGGUCCGACCCUGCCGACCGGACCCGGGCCUUCGCGCUCACCGCCGGGAGCCACGCAGGGUCCGAGCACAGCAACAGGUCGGACCCAGGCGACAGAAGCCGGUCCUUCCCGCUCACCUGCGUGAAGCUGGACAAGACGGUGGUCCUGAACCGGAACAACUCCAACCUACAGGAGGACUUACACAACAUCGCCGGGAUAGAGGCUGUCGGGAGCCUCAGGAUCAGCUACCCUAAACACAACAACAAACAAAAACAACAACAACAGACCCCGCAAACACCACCUCAAUCCAGGGAGAGACGCACUUGCAAGUCCGCUAAAAUCUGCAAAGGUUUAACGUCGCGAGCGAGAAACAAUCUGAACGGUAAGGCUAGUUUUCCCGGGUUGGCUGUGGAGGGAGAGACCAAGUCGCCGAAAACCUCGCCACGGAACCAAGUCUUUGGGGACCACACAAGCUAUAUGAGGACUCGGUUUAUAGAGCCUGUGGUUAGGCAUGUGGAUAGGAGCGAGUCGUACGUACAAGAGGGUGCGAAGACGCCGUGCGGGACACCUGUCACACCUGAGCUGUACGGUUACCAUGGCGACAGACUCCCGCCGCUGGAGCUGGUGCAGGCCAGUGUGCGCAGGCGCAGGGAUCAGAGCCCGGAUGUGGUCAUCCCGUCCGUGCGCAUGCGCGACGGCAGGACCUCUACCGCGAGCUUUGAGACGUUUUCUACCGUUGGGAAUGAAUAGAGGAAAACAGCCAUAUUUCAAUCACUCAUCUACAAGCAUGUACUUUUGAAAAAAACUCUUUACGUGAAAUAAACUCUACUCCAACUUUGGAAUUUUUUAUCGAAUCUCUGGGCCUUCAUCAUCUUUCUGACCCAAGUGCUGUAGACACGUGAUUUACUCGCACGUGUGACGUCGGCACUGUGUCAAAGUUCGUCGGAAGUUGGUACCGCCCCCCGUCCCGGUUGAGAAAAAGUUGGUGUGCCCUGAUCAAUCAAUUCUUAAGAACAGUUUAUUUCUCAUAUGAUUUACCGACUCAGAUGGACUUUCUUGCAAAGAAGAACGUUUGUAAGCAGAUUCUAUCAUUCUAUAUUUUGGCCAAGAAGAUCAUGAAUCAAAAUGAGAACAUACUUGUCAUAACACCUGUACAUGUGUUCCCCACUGUCAGGCAAUUUCUUGUUGAAAGCAGGGACUUCAUAAUAGCACAACAAUGGCACGUUAUUCUAACAGAACAGUAAUAGGACGAUAAUAGGUCGGUACUUUCUGAAAGAUAUGAACAGUUAGGUAACGGUAUAGGUACACAGAAUGGCAUGUUACAUACAAUGUUACAUAAAGUGUAAAUAUACAAAGGUUAAGCAUAUAUUUUAGAGGUGUAAAUUGUGCAUAAAAUG